AUGACAUCAUCAGCUUCACCAUCGUCUUCGGCGAAUCAACAUCUUCGGCAACUCUUCUUCCUCAUCUCCAGUGUAACGCGACUUUCCCAUUCUGAUUUGUGA